UCAGCUGAUGGUUAUGGUAGAUGCCUGAAGUUCCGAUACAUGAUUCUUGGAGUAGGAAAUAACAACUUACGGCUUUACCAAAUAAUGGGGAACAACUCAAAGGAAAAUCCAAUCUGGCAAGGUGACUCAACAAGGGACGACACCUGGCAGUAUGGUCAAGUGUCAGUUACAGGGAUCACAGAACACCAACUCAUUUUUGAAGGAAACCUGGAAGACCAAACAGGGUUUAUUUCAAUAGGAGCACUUUACUUCAUCAAUGGUUAUUGUUCCCCAGAGCCAGAAGUAGCUGCAAGAAGAGCAUGCAGGGAGCUCUUCACGGACAAAACUGGUGUUAUAACGUCACCCUACUACCCGGGAUAUUACGCAAAUGACAGUUGGUGUGAAUGGCUCGUCACCGCUGCGAUUGGUCACGUGAUCAGACUUGAAUUUUUUUACUUUCAGCUGGAAGCAACUGGACCUCAAUGUUUAAGUGAUUAUGUUGAAGUAUUUGACGGAAAUUCGACAUAUUCUACUUCGCUUGGCAGAUUUUGUGGUCAUACGCACCCUGCAAUGUUGGAAUCUUCGUCGAAUAAUUUGCUCGUCGUGUUUAAAUCUGAUAACAAGGGGAUGCGUACGGGUUUCAAAGCUUACUACGACACGAGGAAAGAUGAGAGGGAUAAAUGUAAAAUGAAACCAGAUUGUCCAGUGGGUUGCACGUGUUACAUUACAAAAGGACCACCGUCACAGUACGUGUUGGAAGGGGCAGAAUACAUGGAAAGUAUACCAUGGAAUUUAUCAAGUCUUACAACAGUGCUUUUAUUUGCUGGCAGCAAAAUCACUCGCCUAAGGAACAGAGACUUUUACUCUCUGUCAUCUCUUACCUACAUGGAUUUAAGCCACAACAAAGUUUUUCAAAUGGAACCUAGAACAUUUGAAAGUUUAAAAUCUCUGGAAACGUUGAGGCUCAACAAUAAUUUCUUGAGGCAACUUAACAGUGACGUCUUUGGUGAAACAACUAAGCUUCAAUACUUAGAUAUUGGUGAAAACCUUCUUGUUGACCUUCAAGAAGGCGUUUUCGACAAUUUGACAGACUUACGAAUCUUAAGCCUGCGAUCUAACAGUAUUCGUCAUAUUAAGAGGGAUGUAUUUAAACGCACAACACGCUUAACUCAUCUGUAA